AUGAUGUCCCACGCACUGGAAUCAUUUGUUUAUUCUUGGAGAAAUUUUGCUUCAAUUGGAGACUCUAUCUACGCACGUCUGUCCGCUGUAUUAAAUUGUGCGAGCUAACAAACGGAGAUUUAUAAUAUUCUAAUCACAAAAAAACAAAAUAAAUAAAUAAAUAAUGAAAAAUAUUGUGUGGAUAUCAAUUGUCAUCAAUUUAUUCCUCCUAACGACUCAAAUAAUCGGUCUGGAAAAUAAGGAUAUACCAUGGUUUAUAUAUCGCAAAAGUAUCUACUACAUCGAUACCAAACCUAAUUAUACCGCCAAAGAUGCCGACAGUAUUUGCCAGGAUAAAAGCAUGAUAUUUCAAAUAUACACAAUUGAUAUUGCCGAUUUAAUGGAAUAUGUCGAUGGGAUUUAUGGUCAUGUGCCGUCAUUUUGGACCUACCACAACUCAUAUUAUGGCCUACGCAUGGGAAGUGGAAAUGAGAAAUCCUGUUAUCGGAUUAAUAAAAUGAAUAAUGCCGUCAUCAAAACCGACUGCGAUGAGAAAAUGGGUCUGUUGUGCAAGCGAGCCUAUACCGGCGCCACUUUGUAUUUUGUCAAUGGAACACGUCAUGACAUCGAUGAGUGUUCCGUUGCGAGAUAUUGCAAUCCCCAUUCGACGGCAUAUGAUCACGUCAUCAAGUUGUGUCUGGUGCACUAUUUCAAAUUCGAUGUGGAUAAUCGGCGAAAUAAAACGAUGUGCUUGGAUGAGGAUUUCCUUUAAGAAUAAUAAAAAUAGAAUUUUUAAUUUUAGAAGAA